AUGUUGAAGAAAACUUAUGCUGAUCCAGAGAAAAUAACCUCAUCUCUAAUUUGUCAAAUAGCAGGCCUGCCUAAACCUUCUGCAGAUCUGGAUUCACUACGUGGCUUCUGGGCUAAACUUGAACAAUAUGUUAGAGGCAUAGAAAGAAACAAACCUAAUUCGGAUCACUGUACCUGGACACUUGGACCUGGCAAGCUGAUCCUAACUUCGUCAAGUAGUCAGAUUGACCAGGUGAAACUGCUUGUUGGCAUAGAUCACUACUUUGACUUUAUCCAUUCUCCACAAGCAAACGGAGUGAACCUGAUUGAGUCCUCCUUAGGAUAUCUGGUCGCUGGUAAACUGCGUAGUAAUGACACUCCUAUCAGUGCUCAUUCUGUAACUGUAAUGAGACUAGCAGUUGAUGAACCUUCCAAAGCUGCUCUAGAGAUACCACUUGAGAUGUCUGAUAGCAAAUUUGCUGAAGACCCCAUCCAACAGCUUUGGACCCUAGAAUCAGUCGGAAUCGUUGAUCAAGAUAUGUCACCUGAGGAUAAAUUUGUACUGGAAGAAUUCAAGAAUUCCAUCAAUAUGGUUGAAGGACGAUAUGAGGUAUCUCUCCCCUGGAAAGUCGAUAAGAAACAACUCCCUACCAACUUAGCACUCUCGAGGAAAAGACUGAACAGUACUAUUCACAAGCUGAAACAAACUAAUAAGUAUCUGGAAAUUUAUGACCAGAUCAUCAAAGAACAACUGUCUCUCGGCUUCAUUGAAACAGUGCCAGAAGAAGACCAAAACCGGACAAAUGUCCAUUAUUUACCCCAUUUACCUGUGAUUAAGGAUUCAACUACAACGCCCAUUCGUAUUGUAUUUGAUGCAAGUGCCCAGAUGGACAAGCAGGCCCCUAGCCUGAAUGAUUGCUUAUACUCUGGCCCAUCGUUGACUAGUCAUUUAACCGACUUGUUGUUGAAAUUCCGUCUCGACCCAUUUGCGGUAUCGGCAGACAUCAGCAAAGCCUUCUUACGGUCAACCUUGCAACAUCACUUUGAAACCUACCCCACUUCACCUGAAGUUAGUUUCCUCAUGACCAAAUUUUAUGUGGACAACUUAAUUGGUUCCUUACCAACAACAGUCAGCCUCUACAGCCUUUACAAGGUUGCAAAGGAAGUCCUGUCAGAUGCCGGAAUGCCUUUAAGAGAAUGGAUCAGUAAUGACCCAACUUUCAACGAAAUGGUAAAACAAGAAGGUGAUGGAACAACAGAAGGCUCAGAUCUUGUCAAAGUUCUAGGACUUCAUUGGAACUACAAGACUGACCACUUAAGCAUAAAACCCCUUACCUUUGAGGAAGCUCCGCUUACCAAACGGCUACUUUUGAAAAACCUUUCAAAAGUAUUUGACCCUCUAGGAUUGUUUGCUCCCAUAAUUGUACGAGCCAAAGUUCUUAUGCAAAAGAUCUGGAAACUAUCUAAAAGGUGGGAUGAUGUUUUGCCACCAGAACUUCAAGAAGAGUGGUAG